UUAGUCCUGCAUACCGGUAGCUCUACUCUGUACUACUACAAUACUGCAUUCCCAAAUAAUUCCUGAUCUUGCAGAUACAUAGCUCCAUGAACGAUGCCUUUUGGAAGUCUUAUUUGAAUACGUAUUACAUCUGUUGUUGGUUUGGCGAGGCAGAGGGUCUCAGAAGGAGCUGUGACAGCCAUGGAGAGCACUGCUGACACAGCUCGCCAUCUGGUAUUUGUUUAUGGAACACUGAAACGUGGUCAGCCGAACUAUGCGAAAUACACUGCAGACAGAAGCAACGGCCGAGUAGCUCAGUUUGUGUCCAGGGCAGAGACAGAGAAAUGCUACCCUCUCAUUGUUGCAUCACGAUACAACAUUCCCUGUCUCUUGCCAGCUGAAAGCCAGGGAAAGCAUGUCAUUGGGGAGAUGUACCGGAUCAAUGAUGCCAUGCUGCUGCACAUGGAUAGCUUGGAAGGAUGUCCACGCUACUACGAGCGACAUUCACUCUCUGUACGCCUGCUGGAUGACGAAGCACCCAGCUCAGGAGCUACUGAGCAUGUGAAAGGUGAUCUCAUCAUCUGCAAUGUGUAUUUCUUAACUGACUUCAAACCAGAAAUGCUCACAGACCGGCCACUCCUUACUGAAUUCGAUGGAUACACCGAGCCGAAAUACAUCUCCAAAGCAGAGGCCAAGGGUCCAAAAGACAUGGAGGCGGCAAUGGCUGAGUUGAAAAUUCUAACAAAACCUAUGGAAGCUACAGUAGCCUUCCUCAGAUCUCAAUAGCUCUACUGUUGCUUUUGUUAUGCGGUGUGUGGAGGAGGUACCAGGACUGUGCAACUGUAUGGCUUAGUCCUAUCCAAGAGUGCUGCUUCUAUGCCACAUGGCUCAGCUGAAGUCUGUCCAGGCGCCUUCCCCUAGGUUCUCUUGAUGACUUCGCAUACAUGUAUGCCUGCACCUGCACACAUCACUCUGCUCCCAGCUUGAGCUAUGACAGUACACUCACACACACCUCGUUUAUCCGGGCGGUCCGGGACCGGGCACUGGCCGUAACUCCAAAUCACAUACCUCUUGAUGAAGAAAGGCCGGAGAAAUGUGGUAAUAGUUCCCAUAAAACUCCCCUAAAGUGUGGCCCGGCCGUAACGUUGGCGUCUGGAUAACUGGUGUCUAAGUGUAUGCCUCUUAAACGGUUGUAUGGUAACAUUGCACACAGAAAUGCCCAUGCCCACAGCUAGGAAUGACAUAGAUAAGCGUGAUCGUUUUUGUAGCCUGUACUGUUUACCCCUUUCCCUUGCUGGCAACUAGCUGACAACCCUGGCAAUAUCACCCUCGUAGUGACAAGUUGCUGGCAAUUGGUUUACUGAUCAAAUCAAUCUGUUUGACUUGUGCAUUUGCCUGCAUUGUAUUACCCAUAUCGCUGUAGCAUAUUUUGAUAUUUUCAUCAUAAGUACAUGUACAUGUAUAGCUAAUUUCCAAAUUUUCCCCUUUCUUCCCUGGCUUCUUCAGUCUGCUGUGGUCGCUUCACAACUCUACUCGUAUAGCGAUCGCGAGGUACGUUUUAUUUGCUAGACAUUUUUGUUUUUAUCCAGGUUUUUUUAAGAUUCUGUAUUUUGAGUUGCUUCAAGUCAAACCGAUAAAGAAAAGCCCAGCACCCUGCA